GGGCCAGCCGCGGCCAGCUUCUCAGCGCAGUCGCAUCCCAGAGCCAGUUAAGCUGAGCCGGCAGCAUGUGGAACGCGACGCCGAGCGAGGAGCAGGGGUACAACCUCACGCUGCCGGACCUGGGCUGGGACGCUCCCCCCGACAACAACUCGCUGACCGACGAGCUCCUGCCGCUCUUCCCCGCGCCACUGCUGGCCGGUGUCACCGCCACCUGCGUGGCACUCUUUGUGGUGGGCAUCGCGGGCAACCUGCUCACCAUGCUGGUGGUGUCGCGCUUCCGCGAGCUGCGCACCACCACCAACCUCUACCUGUCCAGCAUGGCCUUCUCCGACCUACUCAUCUUCCUCUGCAUGCCCCUUGACCUAGUCCGCCUGUGGCAGUACCGGCCCUGGAACUUCGGCGACCUGCUCUGCAAACUCUUCCAGUUCGUCAGCGAGAGCUGUACCUACGCCACGGUGCUCACCAUCACCGCGCUGAGCGUUGAGCGCUACUUCGCCAUCUGCUUCCCGCUGCGGGCCAAGGUGGUAGUCACCAAAGGCCGGGUGAAGCUGGUCAUCCUGGUCAUCUGGGCCGUGGCCUUCUGCAGCGCCGGGCCCAUCUUCGUGCUGGUCGGGGUCGAGCACGAGAACGGCACCGACCCUCGGGACACGAACGAGUGUCGCGCCACCGAGUUCGCCGUGCGCUCCGGACUGCUCACCGUCAUGGUGUGGGUAUCCAGCGUCUUCUUCUUCCUGCCGGUCUUCUGCCUCACUGUGCUCUACAGCCUCAUCGGCAGGAAGCUGUGGCGAAGAAAGCGGGGCGAGGCGGCGGUGGGCGCCUCGCUAAGGGACCAGAACCACAAGCAAACCGUGAAAAUGCUGGCUGUUGUGGUGUUUGCUUUCAUCCUCUGCUGGCUGCCCUUCCACGUAGGGCGAUACUUAUUUUCCAAGUCCUUCGAGCCCGGCUCCUUGGAGAUUGCUCAGAUCAGCCAGUACUGCAACCUUGUAUCCUUUGUCCUCUUCUACCUCAGCGCUGCCAUCAAUCCCAUUCUGUACAACAUCAUGUCCAAGAAGUACCGGGUGGCAGUGUUCAGACUUCUGGGAUUUGAACCCUUCUCCCAGAGGAAGCUCUCCACUCUGAAGGAUGAAAGUUCUCGGGCCUGGACAGAAUCUAGUAUUAAUACAUGACCAACCACAUUUCUGAGCAAAGUCAUCGCUUCUUCUAAACCAGAAGCCAUAGCACAGCAGAACUUGGGAAGAAGUUGAAGGUUAAUUUUGGAAUUAAGAACACACAGCUCUGGAAACAAUUGGGAGGAAAGAAAAGAUAGAACUUGUAGUGUGUGAGCAGUUUGAUUUGAUUGCACACUCAUCAGUGCCCUCAUACACUAUUUCUGCAUACUCACUGGCUAUGAUUUUGCAUUUUGGUGCUAGCAAGGAUUUUGCAAUUUGGAGAAAGGAGGAUGUGCAGAGAGCAUUUAGGGCACUUCUUACUAAGUAAAUGCUAAAUCUGAUUUACUUUUUCAUAAUGAUAAAAAUUUUUGAUUAAGAGAAUGACAUUAAAGUAAAACAU